AUGGAUACUCGACAUCCCAUCAGGGACACUGCCGAGCCCAAAGUACUUUCUGUGGCUUUCAACAAUGACUGUAGCAGAUUUGCCUGUGGCUUGGACGAUGGCUUGAGAAUAUUCCGAGCCAAGGACUGCAUACGAACCAUCAAAGAAGGCAUGUCUACACUGCUGGAACAGAAAAUGAGAGAUCUAACUGCAAGUNNAGCACUCCGACCUGGACACGGCCUCGCUAUCGUGGAAGCUUUGGAUGACAGAUACGCAGCUGUGGUGGGUGGCGGAAGGCUGCCAACCUCUUCGCCUAACAUGCUUGAGUUCUGGGACCUCGUCGAAAAGAAGAAGCUAAAAGAACUCAACUUUGGCGAACCCAUCGUCGCCGUCCGCGUUACCAGCAAAUACUGCAUCGUCGUCUUGGUGGAUCGCAGUAUAUCUCUGGGGUACACCAACGAUCCAAACACUGGUGUAAUCAACCUAGGCACCGUCAAAGCACUAUAUCGUACUGCGAAGAAUCCCUACGGUCUCUGCUGUAUCAGAGGUGAUGCUUUAGCACUGCCUGGGGAAACGCCUGGACAAGUUCAAGUACUGACUUUGUCCUCCAAGGAUAAGAAGGUCUUCAAGGCUCACGAGCAAUCCCUGAGGCAAAUGACCAUGAGUAGGGACGGAACUAUCAUUGCCACAGCCAGUUCACAAGGCACCAUCAUCCGCAUCUUCAGCACUACGGACCCUACCAAAUCUACAGAGCUGCGUCGAGGUCUAGAGUCCGCAUCAGUAUGGGGCCUAGCUUUCUCACCAUCUGCACACUUCAUCGCCUCCACAUCUGACAAAGGCACCUUGCAUAUCUGGGACUUACGUGCUCCAAGAGUACCAGAAGAACGCACUCGACAACCUCCCGACCAGCGAAAACGCAACUCCUUCGGUCGCGGCAACCACGACUACGACUCGAUAUCUCAUACUUCUGGUUCUUCGUCACCACUUCCCGGCGCCGUGGCCACAGCAGCAGGAGGCUACAUACUGCCCCCACCAGACCUCCGUCAUGCACCACCUGCCACCGCACCUUCACUCGGAUCAAUGCUGAGUGGUCUGGCCAAAGGUACAAGAUCAUCCACAUCCAUCGAGUUCACCAUCGGCUCGGACCCAUCAAACUGGCAAGGCCAGCCACGUUACACCAGUACAACAAUGCCUAAUGGACAAACUGCCAAGCUCAAGGUCGACAACGUGGCUGUACCUGGUAGGCCGGAUGGCAAACCACCGAAAGGAGUGGUUGCUUGGGACCCAGAAGGCGGAGACAGGAGGCUAUGGGUUGUGGAAGGUGGAGCAGAUGCGAGAUGGGAGGUAUUCGAGCUGGCCGACGAUCCAGUCACGGGUGGUGUCAAGAUUGGAAGUACGGGCUUCAGAAAUUAUCUUACCAGGCAGUUCCCCGAGAGAAGCUGA